CCUUCCAACACUUUCCGUCAUUACGUCUUCAUCUUCUUUCAGUGUCACAGUCAAUAUCAAUUUUGAGCCGAUUCCCAAUUUCAAGUGACAGACAAAACAUUGAAAUGUUUUUAAACGCUCAAUGAUUGAAUGGUUCAAAGCUGGAAUAGCUCCGUUUACCAUGGAGAGAAUCAGAGGUUGUGAUUUUUUUGUAGAAGCCUAGAAAUGACUUGUGGUAUCUGAGUUAAAGUAGACCGAUAGCCUAGAGUACCUGUACAUCGUUUACCAUGGCUACACCGAGUUCAGAUCCCAGCAAAGCUGACGGGGGAAUGGAUCUGGAAGUGGAAAAUCUGAAGCGUGAGGUGGAACGCCUCGGGCGUGAACUGGACGAGGCUGUAGCCGAAAGAAAUCAAUCUGCUGAGUAUGGGUUAGGCCUCCUUGAGGAGACCAAGGCAUUGAAGCAGAGGUGUGAUUAUCUAGAAACGGUUUAUGAUAGCACUCGUCAUGAGUUGGAUAUUACUCAAGAGGCUCUCGCCAAGUUUCAAUCCACCCACAGAGCAACGACAGAAACGGGCAUUGAACAAGAAGAGUCCCUCCUGUCGGAGUCAGCAGCGCUGGAAUCAUCUCUUACCUUGCAGAUUAUGGAGCUGGAAAAUGAAACCAAACAGCUUCGUCAAGAACUUGAACGAGUUGUUGGAGAACGAGACCGCCUGGCUCAUCAGCAGAUGGAGUUUGAUAAAGAUAAUGAAGAAAGGGAUAGUGAAAGGAAAUCCUUACGACUUGAGUUGCGAGAAUUUAAGAGUAGGGAGACACGUCUUUUACAGGACAUGGCUGAUGUAGAAGAAGAAAACAUUACUCUUCAGAAGCAAGUUGCUGUUCUGAGAUCAGCGCAGGUUGAGUUUGAGGGCGUAAAAGUUGAAUUUCGUAGGCUUCAGGAUGAGUUAGAGGUAUCACAGGGUCAGCUAGAAGAAUCAGCCACUUUGAAAAACCUUGCCACUAAACAUUUGGAGGAAGCCUUAGAAUCACUUCAAGCUGAACGUGAAGCAAAGUAUGCGUUGAAGAAAGAACUUGAUCAGAGAAUCAAUAAUGAAUCUAUGUACAAUCUGAGUAACCUAGCUUACAGUAUAAGAGGAAAUGCAGCAGAGGGUAGUGAUGGAGAGGAGGAGCUCCCAGCACUGAAAAGAAUUGAAGAAGAUUUGAAGGGUAGUGAACUAGCAUCACCAGAUGGAAAACAAGUUGACCUAUUUAGUGAAAUUCAUCUAAAUGAACUGAAGAAGCUUGAAAAGCAGCUAGAACAAGCUGAAACUGAAAAGGUCCAGCUAACAUCUAAUUUACGUGAAGCUCAAUCCUCUUUGGAACAAUCUCGGGGCGAACUUAGCACUCUCAUGGCCCGGAUUCUGCAGAUCAGCGCUAAUAUUGAUUCACUUCAAAAUCAUUGCAAAAAAUCAUCUAAGGGUGACUCAACCCAAUUCAAGUCCUGGUUCACUGUGGCUGCCAAUGAAUUAGAGGCCUUGCAAGUGGCCCUCAAGGAAUUGGAAAAGAAUCUGAACUGCUCUGAUGCCACUUUACAGCUUAAAUCAGAAGUUGUUAACCUGAAAAACAAGUUGCUUGAUGCUGAACAGCGAGUGUCAGAAUUAGAUGGUGAUGUGCUUCUUCUGGGUUCUCUUGCAAAAGAGGCUAGUGAUCUAAUCACCUCGACUCAAAACAAUGUCCUUGCUGCAUCUGAUGAAGUAGCGCAGCUUUACCAUCAAGUGUGCACGCUCAAUGGAGAAUCUCCCAGCCUAGUGCUGCUUGACGAGAAGCAGAGUGAAAGUGAAACUGAACCCGGCGUUGAUCUUAUGGGAGGACGUCUUGAAGCAAUGGGUAGCUUCAAAGAAUUCACAGGCAUGGCCCGCACUGUGGAAAACUUGCUUGAACAAGUUAAAUACCUUGCCUCUGCUGUUGGAAACUUAAUAGAAUCUUCUAAGCACAAGGGUGUAAACCUUGGUUCAGACUUUUCAGUAUCCAAGGAUUCUGAUAGUGCCACUCAAGAGCAAGUCAUUAUGCUAAAAUCCCUUCUCUCAACUAAGCGUGACCAGAUUGCUACUCUACGCACUGUUCUUAAGUCCAACAAAAAUACAGCUGAACAUGCCCUCACUAAUCUGAAAUCCAAAUAUGAAAAUGAAAAGGCCAUUGUUAGUGAAACAAUGAUGAAGCUAAGAAAUGAGCUAAGGUUGCUGAAAGAGGAUGCUGCCACAUUCUCCAGCCUACGUGCCAUGUUUGCUGCUCGCUGUGAAGAGUAUGUGACGCAGGUUGAUGAGUUGCAGCGACAGCUUGUUGCUGCUGAUGAGGAAAAGAAGACCUUGAAUCAGUUACUUCGCCUAGCUGUUGUUCAAAAAUUGAAUUUGACUCAGAGACUGGAAGACUUGGAAAUGGAUCGAGAAAUCCGCACAGCUCGACGCCCACCUCCUUCUGUCCUCUCUACUCCAUCUAGGCAAAGUAAACCCAGAUUCGCAGGCCAAUCUCCAAGGCAGAGAGACUUUUUGUAGGAUUUGGGCUCGGGCAGUUGCAGGCGAGCUGUUUUGCUCUGGUCCUGGCUUCUUGGUAGCCGCAAAGUUGAUGAAAAAAAGUAAUACAUAUGCUCAUAACGAGACCUGAUUGUUUUGUGACCGAAGUGAAUGUUAAGAAUAAUCUAUUCUUCUGCAGUAGAAGUUUGAGACUGGAGUAAAAUCUUGCCUGUGCUGACCGAGUUAUGAGAUAUUGCAGGGAAAUGUGUAGGAACAGACUGGAAGCCUUCUAAGAACCUCACCCUGCAUUUUCGCAGGAUAGUGUUGUGAGAUUUAGGGUAUAUUUUCCUUAUCGAAUUUUUGACCAAGUUGUGUCCUGCCCUCUUUGAGUGUAAUUUGUCAAUCCCAUAAGGGCUAUCUAAUCUAGGGUAUUAUAGCUUGAAUAGUGUGAUGUAUGUUGGUAUUAAUGUAAGAGAUGUUAAAGUUGUCACCUAAACAAUCAAUGUGUAUUAUGAAACACUCCACCCAAAACUAAUCUUUUUUUCAUUUUGAUUUAAUUUUUCUUGUUAAACAAGGUCUUUUGUAGGACAUUUUUUAUGUAUUGAUUACUAUUCUAUUAGUCCGCCCAAAUACUGUGGUAUACGUUCAGCUCAAUUGUAAAAAAUACUGUAAAUGUCAAAUGCUUCUUCUUGAAUUUCAGUGUUGUGAAAGUGUGUCUUUUUAAUGGUUUACGUUUUUGUAGCAGAUAUUACUGCUUUUCAAUAAUGUAAUUUUCAUAUUUUCACAUCUGAAAGAAAUUUUGCAUGAAACAUGUGCUCUUUAACCUUCAGACAUUAUUCCAACUUAUGUUUCCAUGUGGAUUGGACUUCCUGUUUUUGCCAUCCGUCCUAGAGGACUUUCUCUGUCCAUCUCCAAGUGUUCAUUGGACUUAAAUCCACUGAAUCUCUACCUCAGGGAAACUCUUUACUUGGGUCUUGGAAACUAUUUACAGCCGUCCUAUGAUAUUGGUCCCUAUGUAUCUUGGUUAGACAGGUGCAAAUAUUAGUGUUACUGAAAAAGUCAAGUAUGUGUAAAUGCGAUUUUGUUAAAACUUGAAAAAUUAUAACAUGAUAUUUGAUUCCUUCAGCUAUGGCAGAAAGUUGUGUUUGUUAUCAUUACAUAUCAAUUUGAAUGAUCUAAAAUAUGUUGAGUGUUUUUUUUUUAAACUUGAUAUUUAUGACUUAUUUAUUAUUUAUUUUAUGUCUAUUUUAUUUGUGUUACAGUAACUGGUCUGUUUUCUUUCUUGUUUUUUUUCUCUUUGCCCUUUUUCUUAUCUUAACUUUUAGUUUUAAGUAAUAUUUUGCAAAGCAACUAUAAAGAACACUUUCGUCAGCAGACACUGAAGUUUUCUGAAGGCUUCUCACUUUUGGGUUGUUGAUGCCUGGCCAAAGGUUUAUAUUUUGAGGGGUUGUGAUUUUUUUAAGGUGCCACAUUUUGUAUUAAUAAAAUUCCAUACAAUCAUGUGUUUGCUUUUUAUUGUGCAAUUGAAUGUCAAGUUGUCUUGUGUGAAUGAAGUGAAUAUUUUUGUUAAAAUGAGAAACCAUAUUAAUGCUUUUUGUUCUAUUAUGUAUUGUACUUAAGAGAAUGUAUUGUUAACUACUUUUCCGUCCUCUCCCCAAGGCAUCGUUUUCCGUUACCAUCAAAUCAGAAAGUGUGACUUCCAUGUUUUGAUUUCUUAUGGUUAAUUUAUCCUACAUAUUCAUUCCCUGUGAGCAUGUUUUUAGUUUCUUAUCAAUCUUCUAUUGGUGGGAAUGGGCUUGCUUUGGACUGCUGUGGCAGAGCACCUAGUAACUGAGGCUACAUUAAAAUUGUUGCCAGGUUGUCUCAUACUGUUACAUGUAACCGUCAAUUUUUCCUUUCAUCGUCUUUCAUAUCAAGCAUAUGUGUAUUUUUAGCCUGUAUCAGAAUGCCAAUUUAAGUCUUCUACAAAUGUGUGUAAUGAGACACUGCUUGGUUUGAUACUUUCAGUAAAAGCAGUAUGCCUGUGCCCUGUAGUAAUCAAAUUAGCUUUGUAGCAAGGGGCAGUUUGCCUUGGCAUUAUGGUCCUGCAAAUUCUGAAGGCAGCUACAUAACUGAAUGUUUCUGAAUGAGAAUUAAUGUACUUGACAUGUUAUGUACAUAACACAUUUUAGUAAUGCCCUAGUGUGUAAUGUAUUAAGCCAUGUUAAGUUUUCUGACCAUUUCAAGAUCCACUGGAUUCUUAUUGGUUACCCGAACAGGGACAUGAUGCAUUUAAUAAUUAGGUGUAUUUAUUCAAUUUGUUUCAUUUGAAGUGCACUUUUCUUCCUUCUGCCGAAAAGUAGUUCUUCUCUUCUCAACGUGUGGGUGAGCUCAAAUUAAUUCUACUAAUUUCUUUUAGGUCUAAAUUGUUGGGUGAUUGGGAUGAGAAGAACUGGCAUUUAAGAUAAAUCAAGUUAAAUGUUGUUUCAGUUGAUUGUUAUUCAUUCUGUGUUGUUUUGGUUAUCAUUUCCAUAGAUUUAUGAAUAUUCAAGUUACAGUACACCCAUGCGUUUUUAACCUAUUAAUCUAAAAGUUUUUCCAAUGAAUUUUCCACUUGUGACGCAUACCACGAUUGUUGAAUUUGUGUGGGAAAGUCUGUUACCUGUUGUAAAAGUUAAUUUUUAUGAUAAAAUUUUAAUUAUUUUUGUUUCUUGUGCCAGAGGUAUGUGUGUCUUUAUCUGCAUUCAAUAAAAUUGGACAUAAUUCAGUUGCUAGUAUCUGGUAAAUGUUAAAAAUAGCAAGCUCUUAUCCUUUCUAAACAUUUUUCCGGCUUGCUAGCUGUGCAGAUCAAAAAUUUGCCACUGCAGCAGUGUAGCAAAUCCUGUAAAAUAUUUAUUACGAAUUAAAAACAUAGUGGUUUUGA